GCUCGUCAAGCACUCUCCUCGGCACGGAACAUGUCGAUUUUUUGCCUCAGCUGUGCGACAAGAUGAAGAGCAACCGCCAAGCCCUCGCGUGGGGAAUGAUCGCCUCCUCUGUAUGGGGGGCCUUCGCCCAAGAGUGUACGACUUCUGGGGGCCUCUGGAAUUUUACCAGCCAGGCAUCGGUGGAUCUGGUGACUCAUAAUUGCACGAUCCUCAAUGGCGAUGUGACCGUCAGCCCGAGCUAUUCAGGCUCAUUGACGCUCAAUAACAUCACGAACAUCACGGGAGAAAUCUAUUACUACCAGAAUCAAACAGUAGACCUCACUUCGGUCGACCUUCCGGACCUAUUGUACGCCGGGGCAGUUGAUAUCGAGAACACGCCUUCCCUGACUCGACUAUCCGCGCCAAAGGUGACAGAGGUCCCAGAUGGAGUUAUGGUGGUGAUUAUCGCCAAUUCAUCGGCGCUGGUGGAAUUCGAAUUUCCAGAGCUUGUGGAUACAAACGGCGUUAUACUAUUUGCCAAUAUUUCAAGCGUCGACCUGACCAGUUUGGAAUCGACCCAGUUUGUUAGCAUGGCCGGUACAGGGGAUGGAAUUGCGCUUGAUUUCCCAUCUCUUCGCGAAGUUGGGAUGCUUGAUCUGGUGCUAUCCUUCAGCAGCUUCUCUGCACCCCUCCUGGAGACCAUCGGAACCUCCGAGGGUUUAGCCACCGGCGACGGCAUUCUGCUCUGGAGCAGCGGAGAUCCCGUCGACAUCAGCUUCCCGAAAUUGACCUAUGUCGCGGGAAACAUCCAGCUCUCGGAAAACAUCAACAGUCUGUCCGUGCCUCUCCUCACCACUGCGGCCACGACAACAAACACCUCGGAGGGUGGAAUGGCUAUUUAUCCUGCUAUUCCUUUCACAGUGGACUUUACAUCCCUCGCGAACGCUAGCUCUAUCCUCCUUGACGGCAACAUCUCCAGUGCCUUAUUCCCCGUGCUGGAAACCGUCGACUACAUCGAGAUCACGUCCACGCUUCCAUUCAACUGCAGCUCAUACGAUGCCGUCCAGGCCCGCGCCGAGACUACCGCGUUUGCGGAUAAAUGGUUCUGCAACAGCACGUAUACCAAUACUACGAGUACGACUACCAAGGCGACGAAGAGCGAUGCGGGGCGACCCGUUCCUGUCGGUGUGGGGCUUAGUGGCUGCGUGGUAGCCGCUAUGGUCGGUUUGCUCGGUCUGAGCCUGUGGUAGCACGGAUAAAGCCAGACGAAGUAUGCGAUAUGAGAACAGGACUGAGUGAGCGCCUACGACUAGCUAUGCCGAUGGGGGGACUUGAGUAUGGGACUGCAUACGACGGUUUGUAUAUUAAUAAACAAAGUUACAGAUGUGUAUUAUCAUAAUGAAUCUAAAUCAU